AGUGGAAGUGGAUGUGGGAUUACAAAUCUCUGAGGCUGUUCUGACAUCUGCGACGGAGCCCUGCACUGCUCGUGUGAUAAACACAUACGCCUGGAAGAUUAGGUGUCACAGUAAUAGCGUCAUCGACUACCGCCUGAUGAAUAAUCAUGCUUUUGGACUGGAGGAGGCAAAGCAGCACUGGAAUUAAAACGUGUAAAGAACAAACUGUACAACAGCAACGCAGCCCCUAGAGAGAAAAAGUGAAAGGAAGAGGGAGAACGAGACCUCUCGUGUCAGUGUCAUGGAUCACACAAGUCCAGGCAGCCCUCCCAGAUAAGACGACCACAAACAUGGAGGUGCUUAUUGGUAUUUGUUCCCACGACCGUUUCGUCCCAGGAGGCAAGCCCCUCAGGAUGCUAUUAACUCCUGAUGAACUGUCUCUCUCGUAAGAUCUGACGGGUAAGAAUGGGAACGACAGCCUAAAUGAGCGUUACACCCAACACUGCAAGCUGGGCACACACUCGAAUGCAGUAUGUAGCACUAGUGGAGCGUUUGGCCUAUGAUUCGGGACAUGGAAUACAAAGACUCUGUCAGUAUGGAAGAGCAGACAAGCACUCUGAUUCACAUUUAUCAAAAUAGCACCGAGCACUUCAACGCUUCGUUCAACUACAGCUUGACGGAUCUGACCGAAAACACAGACACCUAUGAGUUUUAUGUGGUCGGCCUCUUCCUCUCCUGCCUGUACACAAUCUUACUCUUCCCCAUUGGGAUUAUUGGGAAUAUCCUCAUCCUAGUGGUUAACUUGAACCACAGGGAGAAGAUGACCAUCCCCGACCUUUACUUCAUCAACCUGGCAGUGGCCGAUCUCAUCUUAGUGGCUGAUUCGCUCAUCGAGGUCUUUAACCUGAACGAGAAGUACUAUGACUACGCCGUUCUCUGCACCUUUAUGUCCCUUUUCCUGCAAGUCAACAUGUACAGCAGCAUCUUCUUCCUGACCUGGAUGAGUUUCGAUCGCUACGUGGCUCUCGCCAGCUCCAUAAGCAGAAGACCCUUACGCACAAUGCAGCACGCCAAGCUUAGCUGCAGCCUCAUCUGGAUGGCGUCCAUCCUGGCGACCCUGCUGCCUUUCACCAUUGUGCAGACGCAGCACACGGGCGAGGUCCACUUUUGCUUCGCCAACGUUUUCGAGAUUCAGUGGCUGGAGGUAACAAUCGGUUUCCUGGUGCCUUUCUCGAUCAUCGGUCUAUGCUACUCCCUGAUCGUCCGCAUCCUCAUGCGGGCUCAGAAGCACAGAGGCUUGUGGCCGCGCCGACAAAAGGCCCUGCGCAUGAUCGUCGUAGUGGUGUUGGUGUUCUUCAUCUGUUGGCUACCUGAGAACGUCUUCAUAAGCAUCCAGCUUCUGCAGGGUACAUCGAGGCGCAGUGCGACCACCCUGUGGCACGACUACCCCCUGACCGGGCAUAUCGUCAACCUGGCAGCCUUCUCCAACAGCUGCCUGAACCCCAUCAUCUACAGCUUCCUGGGUGAGACCUUCAGAGACAAACUAAAGCUCUUUGUGAAACAGAAGGCCAGCUGGUCAGUGGUUUAUCGCUUCUGCCAUCACACUCUGGAACUCAACAUCCCCGUCAGGAGUGAGUCAGAAGUGUAGAACUGGAUGUCAUGCCACUGUUAUUAGGAGAGAUUGUACUUCAUUGCAUUUCACAACAAUUGGAUUGAACAAUUGGAAUGUUUUUUUUUUUCUUCUUUUUCUAAAAUCCUGUAUGCCUUUCGGAAUUAAGUUGCUUCUAAUCCGCAGACACAGUAGGGUAGGAGAAAGGGCAGAGGACGUACUGUAGGUGUGGCCACCGACUCACAGGGUUAUACAGUUCGGCUUACAAAAGCAGUUGAAGAAGUUUGAUUUAUUUCCUGUAGAGUGUAAUAUAUACUGAGGAAUGGAUUAUUCAGGGUAUUUCUUCGCAAAGCUAUUACGAUGGAAAGUGAACGGCAAAUCUGUUUUAUAAGUAAACUUUAAAGAUGAAUAUAUCAUGUAUCAAGGUGACUUUUAUACUCCAGGAAGAUUGUGCUCAGUGAGCCCAUGGUAAGGGAACAAAUAAAAAAAAGAUCUGUUUCUUCA